AUGAGUCUUCGCACGCCGGCCUUGCCGGAAGACUUUGCCUACUUCCCCGCGUGGUACGGGCGAGUGCCUUCUUUCCUCGAGCUGGCCGAUUCGUCCUACAAGCUCUCGUGCGCAGAUGAGUGGUUUUCGUGGAGAGUUGCAAAUCUAAAUUCUCUCUACCUAACAAGAAUUCACCACGCAGAUCACCAACUGGCGCGUGUGUGGCUCGAAGGCCUGGACGACGUGAUGUUUUGUCAUGCGCUGAAACGACUGCCCUUAGAAGAGCGCCCUGGAAGCAUGCAACAAAGGUUCCGAAUCAAGUAUCCUCUCAACGACGUGUGGACCUAUCGACGACUCCCUCCUCACGCCUAG